CACUCAUUCAGCAUUUUCAACCCCUGCAUUCUCCACCUCUUUUGCAAUGACUAUCGGCCCAUCACACCCCCUGUCAGGCUCAAAGCGCAAACGCACCAACACUAAUAUACAAGGCGCUGGCAAAAAGACCAGCCAGCCACCAGCAACACCCGAAACUAAAAAGCAAAACACACGGACGUCGAGCAAAAGUAUGUAUUUAAAGCAGAAAUAUUUUACAUGCAUUAGCGACCACAAGCAUUUAAUAUUGAUGAUUUCUAUCAAAUAGGUCGAGUAGGCGGGACUGCUAGUAGCCACAGCAUGACAUACGGAUUCACACCCUCGAAGCACUCGUCGCAGAGCGCUGGCGCACUGUCCAACACGUCGAGGGAUCUAUCAGAGAUCCAAGAGGAACGGAAAGGACAAGCGGAGGCGGAUGUAGCAGAGCGCCUGCGGGAGGCGAGGGAUACUGUGC